AUGAGAUCGUCAUUAUUUCACUCAAGUGUAAUUUUUCUGGCCAUCCACAUGAUCCACUGCCAGAUACUUUGCAACAGACAAGCAUCAACUGAAUGGCACGUUAAAAAACACACAAUCCAAAUGAAUUGGACUCUAAUAGGAAACAUCUGCAGGAGUGUCUCUGAGUGUUGGGAUUCCCAGGGGGGAGACGAGUCAAGUGAGAAGCUUUUCAACUUCCCACAGAUAUGCCCACUUCAGCUACAACAUGGAGAUAAACUGCUGAUGUCUGCUGAUGAAACACUCAAGUCAUAUGGCAUCAAACUCCUAAAUGUGUCAAAAGACAACUUUGAAAGCUGUUCUGCGACUGGACAGAGAGAUCAGUUUCUCUUCCCUCACAACAUAAAUGAAAGUGAGGAAGUUGAGGACAAGUGGCUCGUGCCGGGUCAUCGUUACUUUAUUGCACUGCAUGAAGGAGACACGCAGCUGUGCAAGCUAGGGUUAAGGCUCAACGUCUCAGUCAAAACCCAACUUUGCCGGAGUUCUCCGCUGCUUCGGUUUUGUUCGGGGAACGGUGUCUGUCAAACAGGAGUCUGGGAAACUGCAUUCCACUGUCGAUGCCACCAUCAGUAUUCCGGGAGGUUUUGUGAAAGGUUUGAUGCUUGUUUGGAUAACCCUUGUGAAAACAAAGGAGUCUGUUUGAGCAAUGGAUCGACAGAUCCAAACUACAGAACAUAUAAAUGUCUGUGUCCCCCGCAUUUUACAGGGGUUAACUGCUCUGAAAUCAUUGGGAAAGCAAACUGUGACAGCAUCUGUGAAAAUGGGGCAUGCCUUCAAAUCUCACCUGCAUCCUUCAAAUGCAUCUGCGACACUGGUUUCUCUGGCCCACCAUGCGUGAAGAGGAAAGCCCCCUGUGACCCAAAUCCAUGUAGAAAUGGCGGUGCAUGUAAAGAGAGCCGCAAAGGAUUUGCCCCUGAAUGUGUCUGUGCAGAUGGUAGUGUGGCCACAGCAUGCAGGAGGCAGAGCAGCCUGUGCAGUCCAUCACCAUGUUUGAACAAUUCCACCUGUGUGUCCAGGGGAAAUGAUUACAUCUGCAGAUGUCUGAGUGGGUUUACUGGGAAGAAUUGUGAAGAAAUAAUUGACUACUGCAGGCUGCUCAAUAUCACCUGCCUAAAUGAGGGAUUGUGCUUGAGUGUAAUUGGCGGAUAUCAGUGUGUUUGUGCCCCAGGUUGGGUUGGAGAAUAUUGUCAAUAUGUAGGUGAUGCCUGUCAGAUAAAACCAAACAGCUGUUUGAAUGGAGCAACAUGCAUUGCAACAAAUCAGCCAACAUCUCCCCCUCAGUACACCUGCAAAUGUCCCCUUGGCUUUACAGGGACAAACUGUGAGUCUGAGAUCAAUGAGUGUGACUCAAGCCCUUGUCAGCACAAUGGCAAGUGCUAUGACUUGCUAGGAGACUACAGUUGCCAAUGCCCUACAGGUUUUCAUGGAAAGAGAUGUGAAGUUGACAUAGAUGCUUGUGCUCUGUCCAACAAUACUUGUCCACCAAAGACUCAGUGUUUGGAUCUCCCUGUUGGGUUUGAAUACACCUGCAGUGUACCGUGUCUUCAACACCUUCAGCCUUGUGCCAACGGAGGACGCUGUGUGUUAAAUAACACCAAUGCCUACCGAUGCAUCUGUACCCGCGGCUGGUCUGGUCAGGACUGCCGCGUAAAUGUCAACGAAUGUAUUGAACAUUGGUGUCAAAAUGGAGGCACUUGUGUGGAUGAGAUUGAUGGUUACAGCUGCCUUUGUCCUAGAGGAUACACAGGCAUCUACUGUGAAGAGGACAUUGAUUACUGUGUUGACCACUGCUGCUCCGAACAUGGUGUUUGCUUAGACCAGCAGUAUAACUUCACCUGCCGUUGCAUGCUUGGAUUCGAAGGACUGCUUUGCGAAGUGGAAACAAAUGAGUGCCACAGCUUCCCCUGUUUAAAUGGCGCCACCUGUGUGGACCUAAUCGGUGAUUAUCGAUGCAACUGUCCCCCAGGAUUUGAGGGAAGGACCUGCUCUGAGAAUGUAAACGAUUGUUGGUCGCAGCCUUGUCUAAAUGGAGGAUCAUGUAUGGAUCUGAUAAAUGACUACAUUUGUCACUGUCCCACUGGGUUCAAGGGGAAGGAUUGCUCUGUGGAUAUUGACCUUUGCACAUUUGGAAUGUGCAGCGAGCAUACAUUAAUAUGCACUGAGACCGAGGAUGGCCAGGAUUUCUCUUGCACGUGUGAAAGAGGGUUUGGAGGGUCAUUUUGCGAAGUCAAUCUUAAUGAGUGUGAGUCAAACCCAUGUCAGAAUGGCGGUAUUUGCGUGGAUGGCAUUGGCAUGUAUCAGUGCUUGUGCUCAGAGGGACUUAAGGGGCUGAACUGUGAAAUCAGCUAUGAUGAAUGUGUCCAUGGACACUGCACCAAUAACUCCACAUGUAUUGACCUGGUUGCAGACUAUGAGUGCCUCUGUCCUUCGGGCUUUGCUGAUAAAAACUGUUCUCUGUCUGACUCUACAUGUACAUCAGACUUCUGCAAAAAUGGAGGGACCUGCUCCUACAACUUGUCUGGGGAAAUGCAGUGUAUUUGCCCACUAGGAUACCUUGGCAAAGAUUGCUCCUCAUCUGUAAGCCAAUGUGUGUCAAAUCCUUGUGACCCCGAGGGGACUAUUCUGUGUGAAAAGCUGGAAAAUACUUAUAGAUGUGUGUGUCAACAUGGGUACACUGGGCGGCACUGCAAAACACCUAUAAACCACUGUGUUGAUGGCCUGUGUCAACAUGGUUCACCGUGUGUCGAUCUAUCAGGAGGGUUCAAGUGUGAUUGUUUACCAGGAUUAAAAGGCCAGUUUUGUGAGAUAAACAUUGAUGACUGUGAAAAAGAGCCGUGUGGAGUCCUGAGUAUUUGUAAAGACACUCUGAAUGGCUACAAUUGCUUCUGUGCACCUGGAUUUAUUGGAAAUAACUGUGAGAUUGAAGUGAAUGAAUGUCUCAGCCAGCCUUGUCGAAAUGGAGGCUCCUGCAUAGAUGAGCUCAACUCAUUCACCUGUCAGUGUCCUCCUGGGAUCACAGGCAUCUACUGUGAAGUCAACAUAGACGAGUGCAUAUCCUCUCCCUGCCUGCACAAUGCCACUUGUGUUGACCUAGUUCAAGGCUAUGGAUGUCUCUGCGUGUCUGGCUUUACAGGCAAAAGAUGUGAACUUGACAUUGAUGAGUGUGCUUCAUCUCCCUGCAAGAAUGGAGCCACUUGCAUUGACCAGCCUGGUAAUUACUUUUGCCAGUGUGUGGCUCCAUUUAAAGGUCAUAAUUGUGAGUUCUUACCCUGCGAGGCCAGUAAUCCCUGCGAGAAUGGAGCAGUGUGUGUGGAAGAGUUGGAUCAGGACCAUUUCCCUUUAGGUUUCCGCUGUCACUGUCGCCGUGGCUUCACUGGUCCCCGCUGUGAAAUCAAUGUGGAUGAGUGCAGCUCCAGCCCCUGUCUUCAUGGCUUCUGCUAUGAUGUUGUAGAUGGCUUUUACUGCCUUUGCAGUCCCGGUUAUGCUGGGCUCAGAUGUGAGCAAGACGUUGAUGACUGCGUGAACAGUUUGUGCAGCACCAACUCAGUAUGUAAGGACCUCCAUCUGAGUUAUGAGUGUGUGUGUCAGUCUGGCUGGGAGGGGGAGUACUGCCAACAAGAAAUUGAUGAAUGUUUAUCACAACCCUGCAAAAACAACGCCACCUGCACAGACCUUCUCAACAGCUACAAGUGUUUGUGCUCACCAGGCUGGACAGGUGUGGACUGUACGGAGGAUGUGAAUGAGUGUGAUUCUGGACCUUGUCUAAAUGGAGCUCAGUGUCAGGAGUCAGACAUACCUGGGGAGUUCUCCUGCACCUGUCCCCCCUUCUUCAGUGGCCCCUUGUGCAACCAGCCUUAUGACCCGUGUGACCCCCUCCACAAUCCCUGCCUACACAGCUCCACCUGCCUGACACGCUCCAAUGGAACAGCUUCCUGCAGAUGCCCAGCUGGAUUUGAAGGAAGUUGGUGUGAAAUUGACACCGAUGAGUGCAGUUCAAACCCAUGCCAAAACCAGGGUGACUGUGUGGACCGGGUCAACAGUUACAGCUGUGUUUGUAAGAUGGGAUUUUCUGGCCUUCACUGUGAGGAAGACAUCAAUGAGUGUGCCUCUAGCCCUUGCAUCAAUGCUGGCAUAUGCCAAGACCUUGUGAACAAGUUCCGCUGCAUUUGCCCCCCUGGUUAUUUUGGAACGUUGUGUGACCUGGAUGUGAAUGAGUGUGAAGUUUCACCUUGCCUACACGAGGGCAUCUGUAUCAACACGCCCGGGGGUUUCAAGUGUGUCUGUCGUCCUGGAUACUCAGGGCCACAUUGUGAAGUUGAUGUCGACGAGUGCGCCUCAAACCCGUGCCAAAAUAGUGGAAAAUGUAUUGAUGCACCUAAUAAACACUAUUGCUUGUGUGCGGUUGGCUUCACUGGGCUCCACUGUGAGACCAACAUUGACGAAUGCAUGUCAACACCUUGCCUUCAUGGGAGCUGUGUCGAUGGAAUAUAUUCAUACACCUGUCUCUGUGAAUCUGGAUGGACCGGCAGCAGAUGUGAAACAAACAUCGAUGAUUGUGCCAGCGGUCCCUGUCUGAAUGGAGGCUCAUGUGUCGAUCUCAUUGAUAAAUACGUAUGCUUCUGCCAGGUCGGCUACACGGGGAAAACUUGUGAAAAUGAUGUAGAUGUCUGCAAAGACGCCACUUUUAAUGUCUCGCUUUGUUUCAAUGGAGCCACCUGCAAUGAUGGUGAAGGAUCAAACUUUACGUGCAGCUGUCCGCCAGGUUUCACGGGGGAUUUCUGUGAAGUGGAUGUUAACGAAUGUUGCUCAGCUCCCUGCCACAAUGGUGCAGUUUGCCAAGAUCUUAUUAAUAGCUACAUCUGCCACUGCAGGUCAGGUUGGACAGGCCUUCACUGUGAGGAUGACAUUAAUGAGUGCCUUCCACAGCCCUGCAACCAGGGGAUAUGCAUUCAGAAUGAUCCAGGCUAUGGCUACACCUGUUUCUGUCGUCCUGGAUUUGUGGGGAGUAACUGUGAGCACAACUAUGAUGAUUGCCUGCUGAAUCCGUGUCCAGAAGCAUUUUCCUGUGUAGAUGGCAUCAACAAGGUCAGCUGCCUGCCUCCCGUUAUGGAACCUGUUCCCUUGGCGACUGCAGUCAAGAACAUCACUCGCAGCUCCACACCCAGAGUGCCAUUGCCAACACUCUUCCCAACACCAACAGCUGAGGGGUCCACAGAUUCAAGCUACCUUCAUUAUUUUGGGAAUUCAUACCUGGAGUUUCCAGGUAUUGACCUCGGCAUACUCAACAACAUAACUGUGAAAUUUCAAACCAUGCUCGCCCAUGGAACUAUACUGUAUGUGGACCAAGGACCUGUAAAUGGGGAUUUCUUUUUCAUGAAACUCUUUAUCCUGGAUGGAAUCUUGCAGUAUGCCUUUUGCUGUAAUGAAGAGGAAGAGGUUAAACAGAUGACUACAUUAAUUCGUGUUGAUGAUGGCACAGUUCACAUUGUAAAUAUCAGACAAUGCCUGACGCCUUGUGAAGCAGAGCUCACUCUUUCUGGCCAUGAGAAAAUUAAAAGUACUGCAAGCAAUUACUGGUUGGGACACAUGAUCCAAAGAACAAACCAUGUCUUCACAGGGGGGUUGCCUCAACACUUUAUUACCAAUCAGAAAGCAGAACCAUUCCACAACUACACUGGUUGUCUUGAAGUUAUUGAAAUUAAUAAACUGAGGAGCUUCUACACAUCAGAUGCUAUUGCUGGCAGCAACAUAGGCCGAUGCAGAUUCCCUAUGUAUGCCACAGAAGCCUCCACAAGAAGUUCCUCAAGUCUGAAAACUCAGUCACCUACCUUUGACACAGUGAAUACAACAAUAGCAACAGUUCCCACAAAGGCACCGAAACAUUCAAUGAACAGACCUCAAGUUUGCCACAGUGGUUUUUGCCGCAACGGUGGAACAUGCCUUCAGUUGCAGCUGCCUGGUGGAACUCAGCUUUCCUGUCAUUGUCCACUUCAUUUCACUGGAAUGUUUUGUGAGAAAGAUGCCACAGUAUAUAUCCCCUCAUUUGAUGGAACUUCUUACUUGGAGUUACGGCCACUUGCAUUGCUUCUUCAGCGUUCCGGUGACAGCAAUAAUCGACCUGCUGCAGUCAAGGACACUCCUGUUUUUCUCUAUUUAACAGUGAAAACCAGAUCUACACAAGGAACUAUCCUCUACAUUCAGGAGCAGAACUUUGGGGAUCAGUUCCUUCAUGUGUUCCUCCAAGAUGGAAGCCCUGUUGCUAAACUCGGUUGUGGUGGCAGCCAUGCUUUGCAUGUAGCUUUAAGUCAGAACAUCAAUGGCAACAGGUGGACAUCGGUCACUGUCAGAUACAAUCUGCCUGUUGGCAAACAAGGAGGGUUGUGCAUGAUUGAAAUAGCUGCAGAUAAUGGCACAGCAGAGCAUCUGGAGGAGUACAUUUCACACCCUAUGUCACAGGGGACCUUUGGACCCAUAUUUCUUGGCGAUGUUUCAUCCCAGUGGGACAUGCAUGAUGAGAGUGCAAAAGGAGAGAAGAGAUUCAUUGGCUGUAUCGGAGAACUUCAGGUCAACUCAAAGGAGAUUUACCUGAUGGGUGAGGCAGUUAGAGGGAGAAAUAUCAAGAACUGUGACCCUCCUGUCUGCCAGCACUUUCCUUGUCGUAACGGAGGAACUUGUAUCAGUGACGCUGAGGACUGGUUCUGCGAGUGCCCCCCAUUAUACACCGGCCGGCUGUGCCAGCUCGCCUCAUGUGAGCGCAACCCCUGCAGUCACGGAGCCACAUGCAUCCCGAAGUCGCCAUUAGAGGCCGUUUGUCUGUGUCCCUAUGGAAGGCAGGGUCUGCUGUGUGACCAAACUGUCAAUAUCACUCGUCCCAGGUUCAGUGGAAGCGAUGAGUUUGGUUACACCUCCUUUGUGGCUUACUCCUCCAUCCCGAGCCUCACUUUCUUCUAUGAAUUCAAGUUGAAGUUUACACUUGCAAACACUUCCUCUGCUGUCAAAGACAACCUCAUGCUAUUUGCUGGACAUAAAGGACAAGGCAAUGACGGGGAUGACUUCCUUGUUUUGGGAUUAAAAAGUGGAAGAGUUGUACACAGAUUCAACCUUGGAUCAGGGAUAGCAACCAUAGUUAGUGAUCGACUCAACCAUCAGCUCAGCAUCCACACUGUCACGUUUGGAAGGUGGAAGAAAAUGGGAUGGCUGAAGGUUGAUGGGCAGCGUAACAGGACAGGACUGUCUCCAGGACCUCUGGUGGGCCUCAGUGUUUUCAACCAGCUCUUUGUAGGUGGAUAUAAUGAGUACACCCCUGAACUACUGCCACUUGGCUCCAGGUUCCGUCAUGGCUUUCAGGGGUGCAUUUUUGAUGUGCAGUUUCGCACAAGAAGAGACAGAAAGUUCCAAGCACUGGGACAGCCCGCAACCUUUGGGCGCAGUGUCGGUCAGUGUGGAGUCAGCCCUUGUGUUCAUGUUAAGUGCAAGAACAAUGGGACAUGUGUGGAUUCUGGCGCGUCUGUGUAUUGCCAGUGCCCAUUUGGAUGGAAGGGAGCGCUCUGUUCUGAGACCGUGUCUGUGUGUGAUGCAGAGCACAGCCCCCCUCCUUUAUGCGCCCACGGCUCCACCUGCAUCCCUCUGCCGAAUGGAUAUACCUGCCAGUGCCCCCUGGGAGCAGCGGGACUCUACUGUGAGAAAGCUGUGACCAUCACUGAUCCAUUCUUCAGUGCUAACCUCUCCUCGUGGAUGUCAUUCCCACCUGCGAGUAUACGACACAGGACCGAUUUGCAAGUGCAGUUCCAGCCUUUAUCACCUGAUGGCAUCCUCGUCUACACCGCACAGCAUCUCAGUGCCAGAGCCGGAGACUUCUUCUGCCUCUCAUUGGCAUCCAGGUUUGUCCAGCUGCGAUACAAUCUUGGGGACGGCACCCACAUCCUGCAAUCUUCUGAACAAGUGGACUUAAGCAGCAGGACCUGGCACACAGUGAAGGCUGGCCGAACUGGCAACCAAGGCUUCCUCAGUCUGGAUAACAAGGUGGUUAGAGAAAAUAUGACCGACGGCAUGACCACACUUGAUGUUGCUACUGACAUCUUUGUCGGAGGCGUGUCCACUCUGAGCUUCGUCUCUACGGAUGCUACUGAAGGGGCUCCAGUGAGCUUCACUGGUGGCCUGCGAGAACUUAAACUCAAUGACCGAGAGUUUGAGUUAACAGAGAGGGGAGCUUUAAGUGGAGCCAACAUAGGGGACUGGGAUGGGACAGCCUGUGGGUACAAGGUGUGCCAAAAUGGAGGUCACUGCAGGGCAACAAGUAGUGACUCAUUCACUUGUAUAUGCCCACCAUUAUGGACUGGCUCUGUGUGUAACCAGUCUGUAAGCUGUGUAAACAACCUCUGCCAACAUGGUUCCUUAUGCGCUGCAUCUAGUGUCACCUCGUACCACUGCAUUUGCCCCUUAGGAUGGGGAGGGAGGUACUGUGACACCGAAAUAUCCACAGGCACUCUGAAGUUUGUUGGAAACUCUUUUGUUAAAUACUGGGACUCUAAAUACAACACUAGAAAUUUAAAAUACACACAGGUUUCUUUCAGCUUUCUCACAGUCUCCAGUGACAGUCUGAUCAUGUGGAUGGGAAAGGCUGAACAUGAAGAUGAUGACUAUCUUGCAGUUGGACUCGAGGGGGAGCAUCUUAAAAUAGCAGUCAAUCUUGGAGAAAGACUUUCCCUCCCAUUGAUUUUCAGAAAUCUCACUCUCUGCUGUAACAAAUGGCAUGAUGUCUCCAUAUCUCUAAACGGCACAGUUAUUCAGGUUUUACUAAACAGCCAGGAGAUCCUUUUUGAAAAUGUAGAUCCAUUUGAGCGAUACAUAGCCUUAAACUAUGGGGGGCAGUUUUACUUCGGAGGGUUUGAAUUGUACAGAAACAUAUCAAUUGUGACCUUGGGGUUGUUUUCAAAUGGCUUUGCAGGAAAUCUCAGAAAUGUUUUUUUGUUUGGAGAUACAAAGCAAGGGCUGUUUCUUAAAAAAAGUGAAGGUUUUAAUAUCUAUGAUGGCAAUAAAUAAUAGUAAAACUGCAAGUUCUGGCCUUACAACAGCAGAAAAUUUACCUUUUGACAAAGUUUUGACAUUGGUUGUGUUUUAGCAUGUCCUACUACAAACUAGCCUCUAAG